AUGACAGACGGAGAUGGCGAUGCCAAGCGGCGGCGGGUUGCCCCAAGGCUGCCGCGCUUCAGUGGCGCCCCACGGUCCUCGGUGGCGGUGGCGCUGCGGGAAGCAGGCGGCACAUGGCACGAGGCCCUGUGCUUCGCAGAGUCUCCGGCGCUGUCAGUGCCUGGGGUGAGGCUGGCGCGCGCGGUUUCUGCUGGGACGCUGCUCUGCCGAGUGCCCUCCCGACUUCACUUCUCCAGGCCGCAGUGCCAGGCUGCAGCGCCUGCCAUUUAUGCUGGCUGUGAGGCGCUACCAAGUGCGGACCCAGAGAAGCGAGGCGAGGCAGCUGAUGCGCUUUGCAUGGCCUUGCUGCUCUCCUCGCAGCGUUCAGGCAAAGCCGGGCAAGCGAGAGAUGCCAAGGCUUCAGGUGAGGAAUGGCCGGCUCUGUGGCGGGCGUUGGCUUCAGUGCUGCUGGGAUUCGGCAAGGAGAUUCGGAGCUGCGCCUGCGUCGGGGUCUCGUUGUGGCUGCUCGCGGUGGCGCGCCAGGACUUCGAGGAGCAGAAGCACCCGUACACAUCGGCCUGGCAGGGCUGCGUGAAAAGUGACCACUCCUCGGCCGAGCCAGAGCCUUGUCAUUGUCGUGGUCGCGUGGGACGUGCGGGACGCGGGGUGAAAGCCGUGACAGCGAUUGAGGAGCUUCUUGCAGCACAGGCGCAGUACGUGAGGACAGUCUACAGCUGCAUUUGUGACACUUUGAGCUCGGAACAUCUUCGACACCUGGACGAAGGCCUCUUUUUACUGUCCUGGCUUUGCCUGCUGACGCGGCGGUUUGGUGGGCCACACGGCUCUGCGUUGGUCCCAGGUGGGAGGCACCUUUAUUGUGUCGUCCUACAGAGAGUCUAG